AUUUAACUCAGAUCAGAAUGCGCGUACUCCUCCUGUGUUUGGGAUGCUUGUUGGCGACCGUGGCGGCUGUAGAAUACGUAGAAAUCGACACCGGAAUACUCUUGGAUGACGAGUCCAAGUGGAAGAUGCUCUUCAACUGCCUGAUGGGCCGCGGCCCUUGUGACGGGUACGAAGAUAUAAAAGAUACGCUGCCUAAACUUGUCCAGAGCCAGUGCGGAGGAUGCACCCCUGAACAAAAGGAGAAGUUUGAGAAGACCUUGAAACAGUUUCUGGAGAGGUACCCCGCGGAUUAUACGGAGCUUUCCAAUAAGUUACUCCCUAAGCCUGCAUAAAUGAUAAUUAUAAGAGCGGUUUCACACUGUCCGAUCCGGAAUUCGGAUGAAGUUGGAGAAAAAAAAGGUAGAGAACGCCCUGUGGCAUCAAGUCCUUUUAUUUUUGUAUUGGCGCUUUCUUUUGAACAACAAAAAAUAAUUAAACGUGAAAAAAUAUAUUAAAAGGCACUUUUUGCUUGUUUGUAGUCGUAUCCGACAUCCGAUAUAGGGUCGGACAGUGUGAAACCCCUCUUAUACCUAAUAUCUAUUGGCUUUACGCUAAAAAUGUUGUAUUAAAUGUAAAAGUUCGACAUUGUCAAAUUUGUUUUUGUACAUACGCCGAGCAAGAAGUUGGCUAAUCAAUAAAAGGACUUAUGCAA